CAUUAACUCAUCAUUCUAUGGCAUCCCUUCCACUUCCAAUGAGCCCUCUUCUCCUUACCCUUCUUUCCAUCAUUUUCCUUGCCUCCCCUUCAGCAAAGGCAGCACAAUUUAGUGUGUUGAGUUAUGGGGCCAAGCCUGAUGGAAAAACUGACUCAACCAAGGCCUUUGCUGCUGCUUGGUCACAAGCAUGUGCCUCUACAGGGCCAGCCACAAUCUCUGUUCCUAAAGGGAGUUUCUCUCUACGUCAAGUGAAGUUUCAGGGUCCUUGCAAGAAUAAUGCUAUCUUGGUACGUAUAGAUGGAACCCUAGUCGCUCCAUCAAAUUAUGGGGUCCUUGGUAGUGCACAAAACUGGCUAAUCUUUGAGCAUGUUAAUGGGGUUACUCUAUCUGGAGGGACUCUUGACGGUCAAGGUGCUGGACUGUGGUCUUGCAAGAACUCCGGCAAGGGUAAUUGCCCCAGGGGCGCAACGUCACUUGAAUUUUCCAAUUCAAAAAACAUUGCAAUCACCGGAUUGGCAUCAUUAAAUAGCCAAAUGUUCCAUAUUGUCAUCAAUGGCUGCCAAAACGUCAAAUUGCAAGGAGUCAAAGUCUCUGCUGACGGAAACAGCCCUAACACGGAUGGCAUUCACGUUCAAUUAUCAACCGCUGUCACCAUCUUGAAUUCUAGGAUUGGAACAGGUGACGAUUGUAUAUCUAUCGGCCCCGGCACGUCUAAUUUGUGGAUUGAAAAUGUAGCAUGUGGACCAGGCCAUGGAAUCAGCAUUGGAAGUUUGGGCAAGGAGUCCCAAGAGGCUGGUGUGCGAGAUGUUACAGUCAAAACCACUACAUUUACGGGUACUGAAAAUGGACUGAGAAUUAAGACUUGGGGAAGGCCUAGCAAUGGUUUUGCUACAAAUAUUCUUUUCCAACAUGUAGUCAUGAAUAACGUCAAAAAUCCCAUUUUGAUAGACCAAAACUAUUGCCCCGGCAACAAGAAUUGCCCUGGCCAGGCUUCUGGUGUGAAAAUCAGCGAUGUGACCUAUCAAGACAUUCAUGGAACAUCAGCUACUGAACUUGCGGUGAAAUUUGAUUGUAGCAGAAAAUAUCCGUGCACUGGGAUUAAAUUGCAGGAUGUGAAGCUCACUUACGAAAAUAAACCCGCUGAAGCAUCAUGUAGCAAUGCUGGUGGAGUUGCUUCCGGCAUGGUUCAGCCUACUAGCUGUUUGUAGGUGUCUAAAGAUGAAGUAGUUGACUAAGCAGUAAAGAAGAAAUCGUAAUAUUCCUAUGGGAAAAAAGAAGAAGAAAAAAAACAAUGUAGUGAGCAAAGUAUAGCUCAUUGAGUCGAAGUUUAUUGCUUGAGCCUGAGGCAAGUUAGUGCCCGACUUUUGCAAUUAUAGUUGUAGUGAAAACUAAAAUUUCCAAACUACUACAGUUUGGUUAGUUGUUGUAACUUUUUAUUUGAUAUUUAUGAGAGUUA